GAUUUCGAUGAAAAAGUUUUCAGUUUGUAAUCAUAAUUCCUUAAAAGACAUUAAAUCGCAAUAGGUAUUGGAUAAUGUAUUGAAUGAUUUUUUUUUUUUUGAACGCCAAUAAGUACAUUUAAAUAUUUUAGAUAUUUCUAAAACUUAAUGAAAACUGGUCAAAAACUCAAUUCGCAUUCUAUUAUCAUAAACACACAAUCAUAUUGAUUUAAUCAUAUCUCAGAUCACCCAGAACUAAUUUCAUAAUCAUACUUGAGUAAAUUUCAACUCAUAAAAUGAUAAGCUCAUUAAAAUGAAAUAAAAGUAGAAAAAAACUGACUGAACUACCAAGAAGUUUAUUUUUCAACUCCAGAAAAGCCUGUUAGAUGCAAAUAUGGGAAAUGAAGCUACUUCUCUCGCUACUAAUUUCAUUGAAGAUUGAUAACAAACUCCUGAUUUGCAUAAACGCUGAGAGGACAACUUUGGGAAAUUCUAAUUCCUUUGAAAAUACCACGAAAGUGCCAUGUUCUCAGAUAACCAUACACUCUCUCAUUCUAAAUACACAAAAUGUCACUUCAAUCGAGAAGCCAUCUACAGAUACCGCAGCAAAUAUUACUUCCUCCGAAGUGGAAUUUUUAAAUAACACUUCAGCUAUAGCUCAACAAACUUCCACACAAGCAACUCUUGCUUCGGAAAGCCAAAUCACAGUUAUUGGUACAGGAAAUUUGACUACAGGCCUUGAUUCUGCUACAGAUAUCGCUGAAUGUCAUCAUACUAAAUGCAUGUUAAAGCAAAGCAUAGCUAUCACCUCAGCUGUGGAAAUUGCUCAAAAACCCACAACUACUCCAAUACCCAUUUUCACUCAACAGAAUACGACAGGACUUACUCAAAACCCCCAAGCUGAAGAAAUUGCUCAAAAACCCACAACUACUCCAAUACCCAUCUCCAUUCAACAGAAUACCGCAGGACUUACUCAAAACCCCCAACCUGUGGAAAUUUCUCAAAAAACCACAUCUACUCCAAUACCCAUUUCCACUCAACAGAAAACCGCACGACUCACUCCAAAACCCAAUCACCAGACCAAGAAAACGAAUCAAACCCGUCGCACACCUCUCAAAAUCACUCCAUUCCGAAACACAACAGCAAAAGUGACACGUCCCAAACUAGAGAUGAGAAAAGCUUCAAACUUCACGGUUUUUGUAAAGACCCCUCCAACAACAAACACACCUUCACGAAAGACAUACACAUUCAGUCGUUAUAAUUGGUCAAUCAGCAUAACUCAACCAACCACCAAAGAAAUCGAUUUCAGGGAAAGUAUCGAAUUUGGUGAAGAAAGCUUUAAAAAAUUUAUGUUCAGGACAGCAGCCUUUGUAGACAAGAGCUUAAUGAUCAAAGAAUUUCUAGAACACGACAAACAGGUAAUUCUGAUCACAAGACCUGUACUUUGGGGUAAGAGUUUGAACUUAAACAUGUUAAGAAAAUUCUUCGAGAUCGAGGUCGACGACCAGGGGAACAUUUUACCAGAAGAAAAUCGAGUAAAUCGAAAGAUAUUUUGUGGCGGGCAAGUUUACGUGAAUGAUUCGCUAGUGAAAUCCUUCCAGCCUCUGAAGAUCUCCAAUUUUUCCAGUCCAAUGAAGUAUCAGGGGAAACAUCCUGUAGUACAGCUUAAUUAUCAUUUUAUACAGAAUGGAAACUUUGAAGAGGUGAAAGCGAUCAUGACGUAUGAAGUAAUCAAAUCGUAUAAAAGACAUUUCUACCUCGACAGUUACUUCAAAAAGAAUCCGCAAUUUUUAGACGAAUCUGAAAAGUCUCAAUUGGAGAGAUACUCCAAAGGUAAUCUUACAGAAAGCGAUCUCGUCAACAGUUUGUGUUUUUUAAGUCACCUUCUUUACAAAUACUUCAAUGAAACGGUGUUCAUAUUAAUCGACGAAUACGAUACUCCGCUUAGAGGUGCAUUCCUUCAUUCAUCUGAUAAUCCUGACAAUCUGGAAAAAGUGCUUAAAUUUUAUCGAGAAUUAUACACUGCUGCUUUCAAAAACAACCCUUGCUUAGCCAAAGGAUUCCUCACAGGUAAGCUCAGGAUAUCUAAUUCGAAUCUGUUCGUCAACUUGGAUAACGUGGCUGAGUACACUUUGCUUGAUCACGAGUUCAGCCAAUUCUAUGGAUUUACUGAACAGGAAGUUGACCAAUUAGUGGGACCAUCAUUAGGGACAGAAUUACUACAUCAAAUGAAGGCUUACUACAAAGGGUAUAAUUAUGGAGGGCAAAUGAUGUAUAAUCCGUGGUCGAUUAAACAAUGCAUUGAAAACGACUACAAAAUUGAACAUUAUUGGUUAGGAAGUCAACUUCUGUUUCCUGUCCAUAGACAAAGUUUUUCGCUUGAUCACAUUGAACCAGAUGUAAGAUCGUUAUUGGAAGGCGGUUGCGUUGAAAUUCCUAUUAGAAAUGAAGUCAGCUUUGAUAAUUUAACGGAUAGAAGAAACUUUUUCAAUUUUAUUCUCUUCACUGGAUAUCUGAGUCCGGGUGUCAAGUAUCCAAAUGGAACGUAUCAGUUGGUGAAACCAAAUACCGAAUCGAUGUUGUAUUACGAGAUCGUAUUGCACGGUUGGUUGAAGCCUACGACGUGGGGACUCCAUUUUUCAAAAUCCAAAAACCUAGCAAAUGUCUCCUCCUUUUCAGAAGAAAUGAAUUCGUGACGAAAGGGAAUUUUAUAUUUGAGAGACCUGCCAUAUUUUUAUUCUUUUUUUGUAACUUGUCCAAUUAUUUCAGAAGUUGGCUAUUCUGCUAGUUUUUCACUACAAUAAAAUCCUCUCUAGUCUGAAUAACUCU